CUUACACACAGACAUGCAGCAGACACUUCUUACCUCGACAGACCAACACUUCCAGACAUACACAACACAGUUUUUAGAAAGACAUACACAAGUCUCGUGAGAAAGGCACACAUUCUGGCUUUGGAGCAAACACUUUCAUAGAUACACACAUUCACAUGCAGGCACACAUUCUUAGAUUUACAGAUUAACAUACACUUCACAGACAAAGGCGCACACAGCCGAGGGAGGAGCGGUGAUGUUGCAGCUGCAGGCUGUGUGGCUCAGUAGUUAGCAGUGGUGUCCAGGGUGGAGCAUGGCACUGCCCUCUUCUCCUGGCACUGACAGCAGCCUGGAGUGCUGCAGCCAACCAGAGGAGGAGGAAGAAGAAGACGAUGAGGAGGAAGAGGAGUAUGUCAGUGUUCCCAGCUAUGCAAACACAGAGGAGGAGGAGGAUGAGGAGCAGCAGGUUCUGUGUGAAGUGCUGUGUGCUGACAGAGUGGGCCAGAUGACAAAGACUUACAGCGACAUCGACGCUGUCACUCGACUGCUGGAGGAGAAAGAGCGUGACUUGGAGUUAGCAGCUCGCAUCGGCCAGUCACUGCUGAAGAAAAACAAAACUCUCAGUGAGAGGAAUGAACUGCUGGAGGAGCAAGUGGAGCACAUACGAGAGGAGGUCUCUCAGCUGCGUCAUGACCUGUCUAUGAAAGAUGAACUGCUACAGUUCUAUACCAGCGUUGCCGAGGAGAGCGAGGGGGAGUCUGCCACCUCCACGCCGGUCCGUCCCAGUGACCCCAAUGUAUCAACGCCCAGUUAUUUCCCCCUGGACUCCUUGCAGAAGAAACUCAAAGAUCUGGAGGAAGAAAAUCUCUCACUGCGGUCUGAGGCCAGCCAUUUGGAGACAGAAACAAUCUCCUAUGAGGAAAAAGAGCAGCAGCUGGUCAACGACUGUGUCAAAGAGCUGCGUGAUGCCAACUUACAGAUGUCUACCCUGGCUGAGGAGCUGGCCAGGAAGACGGAGGACGCCUCCAGGCAGCAGGAGGAGAUCACGCAUCUCCUCUCCCAGAUAGUAGACCUUCAGAAGAAGGCCAAGUCGUAUGCUGUGGAGAACGAGGAGCUGACUCAGCACUUAGGAGCAGCCAAAGACGCCCAGAGGCAACUCACUGCUGAGUUGCGGGAGUUAGAAGAUAAGUACGCAGAGUGUAUGGAGAUGCUACACGAGGCUCAGGAGGAACUAAAGAACCUAAGGAAUAAAACUCUACCGCUCAGCACACCAAGACGUUUCCACUCCCUGGGCCUGUUCCCCAUGGACUCUCUAGCAGCAGAAAUAGAGGGGACCAUGAGGAAAGAACUGCGGAUGGACGACCCAGAAGUGGAAGAACAGAAGCUGCACCCAAAGCGAGUGUUUCAGACAGUGAGAAACCUCAACCUGAUGCGUCAGCAGCGGUCGUCACUGGCUCCCUCCCCCUUGAACAUCCCAGGCUCCAAUCAGACGUCAUGUUUCACCUCAGGGCGGUCGAGCAGGGUGGGCACGCCUCGCUCCAACUCCAUAUACGGCAGUGAGACAGGAAGCAGCAUCAUCCUGGACAACAAGACCGGCAGCAUCCUGGAGACUCCUGAUGACGGGUCGGAGGACUCUAAUAAGCGUCCCCCUGGGACCCCAGGGACCCCGGGCAGCAGGGACCUGGAAGCAGCCCUUCGCCGUCUGUCUCUGCGCCGUGACAACUACCUCUCAGAGAAGCGCUUCUUCGAAGAGGAGAGGGAGAGGAAGCUGGCCUACCUGGCCAAGGAGGAGGAGAAGGGAGGUGGCGGAAGCAGCGGAGGUGGCCCGGGAACCCCGACGGAGAGCCUGCUGUCCCUGUGCUCACAUCCCUCCUUCGGAAGCGUCUGGUCAGGAUACUCGUUCACAGCGAGGUCCUACCUGCCCGAGAAGCUGCAGAUUGUAAAGCCAUUAGAAGGUUCUGCUACCCUCCACGCGUGGCAGCAGCUGGCCCAGCCCCACCUGGGUAAUCUGUUGGACCAGCGUCCCGGGGUGGUCACAAAGGGCUUCCGCACCCUUGAUCAUGAGCAGGAACAGGAAGACAGCUGGCAGCUGGACCAACCAGAGGAGGACGAGGUGUCACCUGAGUCGUUUACCGGCCUAUCGGGAGAGAGUACGGCAUCCUCAGCCCAGCCCCGUCCUUCCUCUCCUUCCUCUUCACCUGCUUUCGGUCACAACAAAAAUGGUGACGACGACGAUGACAAUGGCCAGUUAGAAAUGUUGCACGGAGCAAUGGGAGGAGUUAAGGGGGCAUUUAGAGGAAAAGACGGACAUGUUCUGCACAUGCCCCCUCUCUCCUCAAGCUCCUCCCCUCCCCCUCCUCUCACUUCUUCUGAGAUGAACGGGCAGGCGGACCUCAAGGAGCUCCAGGCUCUACAGCCUGGCGCAGUGGACAGCGUGCCUGUUAAUUUCCCUGGAAAAUGUAUGUCCCAUACCAGCUCCACCUACACCUUCACCACCUGCAGAAUCCUCCAUCCCUCUGAUCAGCUGACGUCUGUGUCCCCCAGCCCAGCCAUGGCCUCCUGUCAGAGCAGUGUUCACUCUGUCACUGCCACCCCCACCACCACCCCUGCCACCCCCUCCUACACCCCCUGCUGCACCCCGCGCCGCCUCUCCCUCUCCCUCUCCCUGGCCGAGUCCUCCACCAAUCUGAGGGACUCCACCAAGACUACCAGCACCUCCCUCGGCCUGGUGCGCCUCCUCCUGGAGCACGGGAUCUCCGCGUCGGUGUACAACCCCUGCAGCUGGGACCGAGGAGCCAACGCCACACCCACGGUUGGAGUGCAGGAACCGCCGAAGAACGACGACGCACACGCCGAGGCUGACGACAAACAGACGGCGAGACAAGUGGACGCCCUUCUCCGCCCCUCCACCCCUCCCAACUCCCCCAUGCCCCACACCCGCUCCAAAUCUUUCUCCUCCCCCGCCAGCUCCCCUGUUUUUCUGUUCAGCCCUUCCUAUGACGACCCACCAUACUAUGACACCUUUCUGGCCUCCAAGCCGGCACGCACUAUCCUGAGGGAAGUGCGGGGGGAGGCAGAAAGGGAGCGAGGGGGCCAGACAGACAGCGAGAGCCAAGCGGAGGUGUUGAAUCUGCAACUCGUGGACAAACUGAAGCGCUUCCGUACUCUCUCGCCACUUGGAGCCUCCGUUUCAUCCCGGAGCAGUUUACUGGUUCCCUUCAGCUCCACUGGACUGGGGAACAGUGCACUGGGCGGGGGCCUGCCAGUGUUGAAUGCAGGGCUCAGGAGGAAUCGCAGCUAUCCUGCGAUGGUAGGGGCCAGCAUGGCUAUGAAAGACCCAGGAGGCCCCCCCAGCACAGAGAUACUCAUACCACACACGCUGCCACAAACACAACACACAACAUGCCCACAGGACACAGGCAAAACACAUACUAACCACACACCGCUCAAACAGGACAUGCACAUACCACAGGAGACGGUCAUACCACAGACAAUAUCAACCAAACAAACUCGACCCAAUGAUGCUUUAUGUCACACAUCCAACAACGUGCGACACAAUCCCACCAAUUACAAUGAUGAUGAGAUUAGGACAUAAAAAGAACAAUGUUAUCAAUCUACCACACACAUCCUGCGGUACCAUAAUGCAUGAGACAUUACCACACACAUGUACAAAUAAUAUCACACAGCAACAUACAUCAUGCAACCACACACACAGCCAAACACUGCAGGUAUCCUUCGGCGAUGGACGAUGUGACCAACAGAAGAACAACGCUGAUGACGGAUGCAGUUCACCCACACACACACUCCGCUGAACAAUCACUCAUCUUACAUAACUAAACCCCUACUGAUUUAUCGCCACGCUCAUAUGGAUUAAAACCCAACAACCAUCAAUCACCCACAAUAAAGGAACUGGUGAUCAAUGACCCAGUAGUGACUGACUGAUACACUGUUGUUAUACUGAUACACUGUGUCAGGCCAGACUAAUGAUGAAGGAGCAUGUUGCCUUCCUCUGUGUUCGUUUUAGUUGUACAUACUGUAUAUACAAUAUACUGUAUCAUAUAUGGUAUAUUGUUAAAGGCUCAGUCUGGAUAAUUGAGUACAGUCCCCCAACCCACUCUUCAACAUCAAAUGAAUUAAGGACUGACAGUUUCCCAUGGUGAAACAUUGAUUUUAAAUGUGUUUUUAAACUGUAACGGGGGUGGCCACACUGUGCCACUUUGUCUGUCUGUAUAGUUCAGUAGUUUUCUGCUGAUUUUUAAAGAGAGGGCUGAUGAUGCACCAGGUUUCUCUCCAAUGAGAUUGACAAUUUUUGGCAGUUUUUCUGGAUGGACCGAUUCACCAUCAACAGUUUGGCCAAUAAGAAAUUACAAUAGGCACCUAAUUCUACGCUUAAAGCUGUGUACUCCAUCCUUAAAUUGUCCGAUUUACUAUCACAGGAUUAUUAAAACAGCUAAAAAAGAGAGAGCCUGGUCAGACCCAGAGAUGACUGUAAAUUAGCUAGCUCGGUUCUUAUUAGAUUAGGGAUUUAUACCUCUAACAGAUUUGGUGAUACCUCAGACAUAAUUUCCGACACCUGUCAUUUGUUGUGUUAUUCGUUUAUGAUUGGUCAGUAUUUGUUAAUGUUGGAUGUGUCAUAUUUCUUGCAGAUGCGCCAGUGUGGCCGUCCUCUAAACAGUUUAUGUCUGCAUUGUUUUUAAACCUUGAAGUUGAAUGGAAUUUGUAAUGCAACAUCCGGUGGGACACAAAGAGAUUAUUUUCCACCAGCAAAUCUUUACCGUAUUUGUGCUUGACUGCAAUUGAUAUGCUGAGAAAAUUCCGGACUGGGCCUUUAAUCUGUCCUCUCUGUAUGACUGAAUGUUCUAAUGUGCCUAAAACAGCCAACAUACUGUAGCUCAUUAUGAUAUUGGUUUGUAUUUUCGUUGUUAUUAUUUAAUUCUUAUAUUGUUUUGCCUUUUAUUAGAUGGAAUGCAGUAGAGAGAGACAGGAACGGCAGAGAAGAGGAUUUAUUGCCCACAUAUUGUUUGCAUGUAAACCUGCUGAGGGCGCAACCGCCGCCUCUUUCAUGAAUUACCUCCCGUCUCUCCUGUGAUGUUCCUUGUGUUCUCUGUUGUCCUACCCGUCCUGUAUGCUGUGGCACGAUCUAUUCCUGGCUGUCUGAUGAUGUCUCCUGUGGAGCAUCCCCUUCCAAGAGAUUCAGCGGGGAUUAUGUAUCACAUAAACAGUAAUACAGAGCUAGGUCAGCUAGACAGACUCUUCUUAAAGCACUGUGACAGUCGGGAGAGACAGGCAGACAUUCAGAGAAUUUGCUUUUCAUCUUUUUGGUGUAGCUCCACUCCUCUCCUGUAGGCCUGCAGCACUGUCUUUUCCGUUCUCAUCUAGUCAGUAUAGAACAAAUGGGAAAGGGAGGCAUCUGGACUCAUUUGAUUUGGUUGUGAGGGUCCAAGACCGAGGCAUACCAUAAGUACAAACACACUUAAUGCCCCCAAAAUCCCCAAGUUUUGUUUAUCUUAACUUGCACCGCCUUGUGUCUCUAAUUAAACUGGAUAUUUACAAUGACACAAAAUGGCCACCGUUACUGUAAACGAGAGCUGUGACGUCAGACGAGCAAGAAGGAUUUUAAGUUUGCAUAGACUGCUGCUGCUGUUCUGAGCUGUCACUUAAAACCAAAGUUACGUCCAAAUAAGGAGUGGGCGGGACCAGGGGGCACCAGUGCCUGGCUGUUUCCAAUGGAUUUCACUAGAAAUCACACAAUGUUAGUAACACGGAGGUAACAUUUUAUGUUAUUACUUGUUUUAACAUUUUUAUAUAUCACUGUCUCAAAUCAAUUUUUCAAAAGAUUCAAGAAAAACAAUUAUUUCCAGUGAUUUUUUUAAAAAUUUUAUUAUUGUUGAGUCAAAUCAGAUGUUGGAGAAAAUGUGUAAAGAUUAACCAAUGUGGCACCAGUGUGUCUCUUAAUAUCUUUAUGAUAGCAGCAAAAUUGAAUUGAGAAGCCAAACAUUGGCUUUAAGCCAGUCAUGGGUAGGGCUAUACAUAAGUACUGUAUAUGGAGUGUCUAAUUAUCCACUGUCUGUAUGUAAGUGAGGGGGUAUAAUAAGAGACUGAGCUUUUAUCUGUCAGCCAGUUUAUUGAUGAUGGAUUGACUGACUGACUGACUGACUGACUAGCUGUCUGUCUGGCUGACUGACAGUUAUUGUGAAUGGACUGAAUGGCCGGCUCUGAUGCUGGCAGUAAUCUGUUGCAGUCCCUAAUAAUUUAGGGAUUGAACUAGCAGUGUCAAAUGCAGUGGGAGAUUAAUAACCAUAAAUAUAUUUAUCAAAUCUUUGGAUAUGAAGAAGCACACAAACAGCUAAAUAUCCAUUGUUUUUGUGUAAGGCGAGGAUUUUUGCUCCUAGAUUUUAUUUAUCCUCUAACUUUAGACGUUUUGACAUUUUGAAUUAAUUCUGUUAUUUUUCACCGGGUUAGUUUAGUUAAAGUUCCUGUACUGGCACUUAAAAUGCCUUGGUUAGGAUUGGUAACAUUUCUUUUUGAGGCAAUGGGUACAGUUAGCUGCAAGCUUUUUAUGCUGCCUGGUAGUUUGUUGCACAUUGAUGAGAAAAAUAACAGACAAAAUUCAGAGUGUUUCGAGUAUCAUGCCAAGUGCUAAGACUGACGCAAUGAGAGGUGUGUGUGUGUGCGUGUGUGUGUGUGUGUUUGUGUGUGUGUUCCUUUUCCUGUGUGUCACUUGAAUCAUCUGAAUGUAGGCUACAAAGAAUAAUUCUGCUGUAUGUCCAUAUAUAUGUGUAUAUUGAUUUAAAUUAUCAGUUCUGCUAUGUGUUAACCCUGAAUGGGAAUUAUUAUUACAUUGUAAAUGCUAAGUAUGCAAUGCAUUUAGUCAUGCUAACUUUUUUUUUUUUUUAAAUAAACUGUAAAAAAAGAAAACAGACAGGAUGUUCUGAUGCCUAUCCAGAGUAAGAAGGGAAAGAGAAACUGUGUUCUGUUCAGGGAUUUAAAGUGCUCUAUUCUACAGAACAGACCGUCAAUAAAACAUUGUCACUGCAGAGAGA